AUGCCCGGUUCUACGAUCCCCAAGAUAGCACUGGAGGAGGCUUUCACUCUUCCAGAGCUUGCAAACAAUAGCAACGGCUUUACUGGGCCCAAUGGAGGACAAGACCUGGUCCAAGAUCUUCUUGAUAUUCAAGUUCGACGAUUGGAAAGGAUGAAGGCCAGCGGUGUUUCUUUCAUGAUCUUAUCGCUCACAUCCCCUGGUCCACAGGAUGAGGCGGACCCAGAAAAGGCUCUAGCCCUAGCGAGGCGAGCGAACGACUAUCUCGCCGGUGAGAUCCAAAAGAACCCUUCAUGCUUUGCCGGACUUGCAGCUCUUAGCAUGCAUGACCCGAAGACUGCCGCGAUUGAAGCUCGACGAGCGAUCAAAAGCCUUGGCCUAGUCGGCAUCCUCGUCAAUGACUUCCAGACGGUCAGUGCUGACGGGAAACAAAUCGUCUUCUAUGAUCAACCAGAAUGGGAUGUGUUUUGGAAAGAAAUCACAGAACUCGACGUCCCCGUUUACAUCCACCCUCGUCUCACCACGCCGGACGUAUCAAAAAGGUUUCUGGCUGGCAGGCCUGGUCUACGAGGGAGCGCUUACUUCUUCGCCGUCGGAGUCUCCUUACAUGUGCUGGGUCUCUAUAUCAAUGGAGUAUUCGAGCGCUUUCCAAACCUGCAGAUCAUUGUCGGACACAUGGGUGAACAUUUACUCAUACAACUGUGGAGAAUUGAUCACAGAUUCAGUUAUAAUACUGGUGUCUUGAAGCCAAAGACAGAAAAAACAUUCAAGGAGGUAAUGAAAACAGUACGCCUCACCACUUUUUCGCAAUUGGCUGUGUUUCAAACUGCUAAUGAAGUGAACAACAGAACAUCUCAAUCACUACUAGUGGGCAUUAUGGUACUCCUGCAUUGCUUUAUGCAAUCCAGGAAAUCGGGAUACAAAGGCGAGGUCAUGUUCUCGAUCGACUACCCAUAUGAAACCAUGGAACAGGGCCCGAAAUGGUUUGACGAGAUUACGGACCUUUCACAAGAGCAAAAGGAACAGAUUGCGUGGGGAAAUGCGAAGAGACUGUUCAAAUUGAACUGUGGAACUUAG